CCAGCAGAGCUCACACCUCUUGGGCUGCGGUGGCCAGAACUGGCUAGAGUAGGCAGGGCUCUGCUCAGGGACCCACCAGCAGCCACAGUUUCUGUCUUCCUGCACACAUAGUCCUCCCAAGCAUCCUUGGGCCAGAGCCUUUGCUGACUGCCCACUGGACUUGCCUGCACCCCCACCAUGAAGCUCUGGGUGUUCUGGACCGGGCUGGAGUACACCUGCCGGAUCCUGGGCAUCGCUACUGCGGCAGUGUUGAUCAGCGUGGGCACUGAAACCCUCCUCCAGGGGCAGUUCAAAAGCCUGGCCUUCUAUCUGCUGUUCACAGGCACUGCUAUCGCCGUGUGCGAAGGGGCCUACUUCGUGGCGCAGCUGCUGGCCAUCUGCUUUAAGUGCCAGCCAGGGUCACUGGCCCACGUGGCAAGAGAGAAGGCCCACUGGCUGGGCUGCUUCCAGAAGUUCGUAGCCUAUGUGCUGCUGUCGGUGGCCUGCUUCCUCCACCCGGUACUGGUGUGGCAUGUGACCAUCCCAGGCUCCAUGCUCAUUGUCACGGGCCUUGCCUACUUCCUGCUAAGCAAGCGCAAGAAGACCAAGACCGGGGCUGCGGGGCUGGCCACCCCUGAGCAGUACAAAGAUCCCUCAGGUAGCACUGUGAGCACCAUGGACUCUGGGGACACAGAGCAGACCUACACCUUCCACGGGGCCCUCACGGGGACGUCCAGCUCCCUCUUCACCCGCAUGAAGAGCCUCCUGUGGGGGGCCGGGGGAACUGGCAGUGUGCCCCACCCCAACACCACAACCGAGGUGCCACUGCAGCCUGAGGACGGCCUGGCCAGGAAAAAGCAGGUGCACUUCCAGGACAAGGUGGUCAGGAUCAUCCCGUCCCUCGCUGAGGCACAGGACGAUGGGGACAGCGAGCCAGAGGAAACCACCUCCGACACGGCGCCCAUCAUCCCGGCUCCCCAGGCCCCACACCUGCUGUCCUCGCUUGAGGCUCUCGAUCUGUACUGAGCGGCUCGGCAAGGGAAACAGUCCAUGGCCAGUGCUUCUGACAUGCAGAGAAGCACGGCGUCUUUACAAUCAGGUUCUCCAGAGAGACCAGACACCUCAUGGUGGCCAGUCCUCUGGGCCCUCAGGGCUAUCAGGGAGGACACAACCUGGAAGGCACCACUAAGCACAGGGUUCUCCCUUCUGGCCUUGGAAGGGAAAAUCCUUGCUGUGCUGAGAUGGUGGCUCCCAGCCCACACUGGCUGCAGGGUCACUGUCUCUGCCUGUACUGGACAGAGGACAUCGACCUGGCAGAUGCCACCAGGCUGGCCCUGCUCCCAGCCCAGAGCUCCCCUGCAAACCCACCUCUGAGAGCCUAGGAACACAGUGGCAGCCAGAGCUGGUACUGGAUCCUAGGUGGGUGUAGAGUGUGGCCAUGGGCUCCAACUGAGAUUGCUGCAGUGGGGACCAAGGCUGCAGACUUCAGGGCUGGAACAGCUGCUAGGAGCUGAAUUUUGAGUCACAGAGCCACCAGGGGAUAAUUCUGCUCUGUGUCCACUGCCAGGAGAGCUGGGGUGUGGGUGCUGCUCACUCCAGAAGCACCACUGAGGGCUUCCUCGCCCUGAGUUCCUUAAGAGCCUAUGCAGACAAGAGCCCAGGCACAGCCUACAGAACUAGCUGUGUGUCUGCAGGAACCAGGGCAGAGCUGAGGCAGCCACAGCAUGAGAAGUGGCCUUGCCAUGUGGACGCCUAGCUGUGGACAGGUAGCGCACACAGGGGUGUUCACAGUGAGCAGGGAAGAAGGCAGAGAGGGAGGAGGAGGACCGAAGGGUGGCGGGCAGGCUGGGUCUGCCGCGUGGGCUGCAGAAGGGAAGUGAGCCAACAGGAAGAAAGGAGUCAGAACCAGAUAUUUCCUAGUAAAGGACUUGCAGUGUGAUGUCCACUUCUGAAAGACGCCCUUGUCCUUGAGGCCACUGCAGGAAGAACAACCUUGUUGAUCCUCGCAGUCAGCACGAAGCAGCAGCAGGAAGGGCUUGGUGAGCCUCAGAUCAUAAGGCUCACAGUCUGCAGAAGGAUACCUGUCCCUGCUGUGGGCUUCUCAAUGCAUUGUCUUGCAAAAGUAUGGAAAAGAGGCCCCAUGGAGGCGGGCGGUGUCUGUCACUUGGGUUCUCUUGCAGUCGUCCACCCUCCUUUCACAUCCAAGGGCCAGUGGCUGAUGGAUGCAACCCCUGUAGCCCUCAUGCAGAGGAGAGCAGAAUCUGAGGGUGCUCAGACUUGAUCAGGAGAGUGGAUGGUGUGGGAAAUGGGCCAAGUAGUUGGAGUCUUGCCCAACACACAUGGAUCCUAUCUGAAUGUGACCACCACAGACCCCUGUGACAUGGGGUGCCAGACCUUGAGUGUCACAGCAGCCCCAUCCCUGGAUCACCAAAAGCAAACCAGAAGAUGUGAGCUCAGAGUUGUGUAAUAAACACUCAUGCAAGCCCAACAUCAGGCCCUGGGUAGCGUGGGGGGGCCAUGCGUGGCAGAUCCAGAUGACAUUUAGGCUUCAUGAGGACUAUCACCAGUUAACACAGAGUCUGCUCUGGAUGCAGGAUUAGAGAGCAAAGCUGGUAGCACCUAGGUUGGCAAAGUGAAGCUCUCAAACAGUUUUACUGCUCCCCCCAAAAUGUCAUGGACAGACAAGGAUCCUCACUGGGUCAUAGGACCACCUGAGAAAAUAUCCCCCCCCGGUGAGCGAGUGAGCACACCCAGCUCUUCUUGGCCCCUCUCUGACCACUCAUACCCAUGCCGUGUCCCCUGUCCCCUGUCCCCUGUUCCCUGUACAGCAGCUGUGGAAACAAUCCCAGCCCUGAGGAAAACUGGUGGCCCUGUGGUGACUGCAGUCCACGCUCAGGACAAAUGUUAGCUGAGGCUUUGUGGAGUGGGACAGUGGUUGGCAAGACAGUGCACUGGCCUUUGGCCACCCAUCUGCCUCUAGCACCGCCCCAUCUGCCGCUAAGAGGAGUUCUUGAUCUUGUUGCUGCUACUCACAUACUGCAAGAGAACCUGGGCCUGGUGUGUUGAGGUCUUGGCCAAGAGCUUUCAGCUGACAGAUCCCAGGUCACAGUCAGGGCACCACGCCCCUAUUGCUGGAGGACCUCAGGGUCACAAAGCUCAGGGAAUUUCCACUCCAGGCACAGCCACAAGGGCUCUGUCCUCAACCCUAGAAUCCAGAGCAUCAGCCUGGAGAAGGCCGGACUGCCAGCCCAGUGAGACAAAAUCCACAGGGACCCCAACUCCUGGGGAGCUGGGCCUUCGGGUCUUCUUUCUCAACAGCCUUAACUUGUUCUUGUUUUUAUUUGGUUGGUUGGUUUUAAUUUUCUUAAGUGUCUUUAUUAAGAUAUAACUUCAAUACCAUAAAAUUCACCAGUCUAAAGGAUACAGUUAAAUGGUUUUUACUAUAUUUAUAAUACAAGUUCACCACAACCACCACCAUCAAAAUUCACAACAUUUUCAUCUCCAAAAAAGAAACCCACAUCAGUACCCAUUAGCCAUCCCUCUUUUUUCCAUCUCCCGCCCUAUGCAACCACCAAUCAACUUUUUAUAAAUUUGCCUGUUCUGGGCAUUCGAUAUAAAUGGAACAAUGUAGUAAAAUAUAGUAUGAUCUUUUUUAAAAAAUAAUAUCUAUCGGGGGCUGGGGAUUUAGCUCAGCGGCACAGCGCUUGCCUGGCAA